CGUUGGUACUCCUUUUUACCAAAUUACAGGAACCUGUAGUUUUAAUUUAUGUUUACCAAACAAACACGAAAAUUGCCUUCUGGAGCCAGAAAAGCCGCAAAAAUUGAUGGGACUGAUCGAAAAGGUUGGUAGUUUCCGCCCCUUAACCAUGCUGAAGCGCAAGCUGUCCAAGCCGUCCCUUGAUAACCCCCUUAAAAUCGCACGUGCCGACUUUGCCCAAAAAUUCCUGGACAUCCAGCUCGAACUCAACACAGCUCUCAAGCCCCUCCGGUUCAAGCCGCCGGUGGCGUACGUCUACAACCCCGUAGAGUACGCCUUCAAGGCGAACGAAAGCUACGUGCGCAAGUACUGCCAGGGCCCCAAAAAACUGCUCUUUUUGGGCAUGAAUCCCGGCCCCUUCGGCAUGUGCCAGACGGGGGUGCCUUUCGGCGAGAUCAAGUCGGUGCGCGAUUGGUUGGAAAUCGAGGAAGAAGUCGGUAAGCCGGAGAAAGAGUGCCCCCAGCGCCCCGUUCUGGGCUUCGCCUGCACCCGCUCGGAAGUCAGCGGGGACCGGCUCUGGAACGUGCUGAAAAAGCUGUGUGGCAGUCCCGAGAAUUUUUUCAAGAAUUGUUUCAUUUAUAACUAUUGUCCGAUCGCUAUGUUGAGGAGCGAUGGGGGCAACUUGACUCCGAGGGACAUCAAGGACACCCAAGUCUUGGAGGAAAUCUGCGACCGCCACUACUUUAAAAUCAUAGAAUUGCUUCAGCCUGAAAUAAUUAUCGGGAUCGGGGAGUAUGCAGAGAAGCGGUCUUUGGCCACUUUGAAGAACAACAACAGCAACAUCCGGGUCAUCAGGUUGCCCCACCCGAGCCCCCGCUCGAAAAACAACCAAAACUGGGCCGAAAAGGCCGAAACUUUUUUCAAAAACCACGACUUGCUGAAAUACAUGACUGAUGGAGCCCCUACUGACCAAAACUGAGCAGGAAUUCAUGGAGCGAGCCUUCCAGCACGCCUACGAAGCCCUCGCAGCCCAGGAAGUCCCAGUAGGUUGUAUUUUUGUCCAUAAUAACACUGAAAUCGCCUUUGGGCGCAACACAGUCAAUCAAACAAAAAACGCAACAAGACAUGCGGAAAUUAACUGCAUUGAGCAAGUGACCGACUAUUGCAAAACAAAUAAUUUUAAUUUGAUUGAUUUUUUUAAAGGAGUGACUGUUUUUGUGACCGUUGAGCCGUGCAUUAUGUGCAUCAAUGCGUUGUUUGACUUGCAAGUGCAAACUAUUGUUUUUGGGUGUAGGAAUGAUAGGUUUGGGGGGCGCACUGUGUUUGAUGUUGCGGGGGUUGUGCACCCGAAAACUAUCAUUAAAGGGGGCUUUAGGGCCGACGAGGCUAUGAAUUUGCUAAAGGAGUUUUACAAGGGGGUUAAUCCGAGUGCCCCCCCUUCUAAGGUCAAAGUUAGGGGCAAAAAAACAUAGGCUAAGUUUUUUACUGUUACGUUUUGAUACGAAAAGUUGUUUCCUUAAGAAUAAAUUUUAAUUUCUGUUUCACUUAAACCGCAACAUUUUUAUCAAAUUGACUGUUUCUAUCCCAAAAAUAUCACACAUCCAACUGUCUAAAAACCCCAAACUUCCUAUGCUUUUAACAAUUUUUUAACUAUUUGAAGGAUAAUUAUUUUUUUUGCACGUUGUUGUUACAUGAAUUUAAUUUUUAACGAAACUCGCUCAGAAAUUACGUUUCCGUUUGAAAAAUGUACUAAACCGAUGGAAAAAGGCUAAAAUAAUGCCAAAAUCUAGAAGAAACGAGUGAUUUUAACGCCUCACUUUUUGGAAAUUCGCUAAUUCUGUUUCUGACUAAAAGGCUUCAGAAAUCUUUGUGCUGUUUACGUAAUUUUUUAAAUAUUGUUAAAUCAAUAAAAUACUUACUUUUCCAACUUGCUUGGGCAUUUUGAACUUUAGGGUGCGUGUCACCCUGUAAUAUCUCUCCCUAGCAGCGGCAAAGGUUAAAAGAGAAAGAAUUCAAACGUCGUAAGCGUCAUUUUAACUUAUUAUUUAUGCAAUAAUUUAAAUCUAGAUUUCUUAUCUACAAAUUUCAAUAUAAAAACGUACAUCUUUUAUAAAUAAUGAUAUAAUACAAAAAAAUGGCCGAACCUGUGGAACUAAUAACAUUUGAAAGAAAAAACCGACUAAGUAACUAUGGAGGACAAUGUAUAAGAGUGUCUAUUGUGAUGCGAUGCAUGUCCAUAAAUAAUCGAAAAACGAAACGAAAAACCUGCUCGAAGCACUUUACACUUACUGUCUCUACACCUAACGAAAACAAAACUGGAAUCGAGAACAGCCCUUUAAAAUUUAGGAAUGAAACAACACUGGUAUUAAAACUCUCAAAACUCAAAAAUGAAAGCCCACUUCAGACGGUUUCAACGCUCGCUGAAUGGCCAUUAGUCUGCGAGUAGUCGAGCACGGGACUCGGCGGCGCCUCGGCCGAGCAACAGCUGCUACUACUACUGCUCGUGCUCGAGCACGAGUCGUUCGAAUCCGUCUCGGAAUCUUCCGAAUCCGAACUGCAAGUCUUACUACGCAACGCGGCGUUUUCGCGUUUUAAAGCUUCGUUUUCGAUCGUCAGUCUUUCAACUUCGCUCUGGAGCUCCACCGACGAGCUGGUGGAGGUGACCUCUCUUUUGCGUUGCCGCUUCGUCAGCAGCUCCAGUUUGCUCUCGAGCAUGAGGUACUCCUGGAUGAGUUCGUCUUUCGACAUUGAUUGCAGUCUUUCCGCCUGGACGCUCUCGUACUGAUCGACAAAGUCCUUGAUCAGGAACUGCUCCUCGUCGUCCGGAGACGAGUAGAACUCGCCUUCUGAGUCCACGCUGAAGCUGGAGUCCCGUGUUCGGGAUGUUGUCGAGUGUUGGUCGGCGUUCUUCAAAUUCUCGUCCAGCUCCUCGAUGUUGCCGUGGUCCUCCAACAGGAACUGGUUGCUGUUGUAGGGGGCUUCUGGUUUUAUCACUUUCGCGGACUUGCGCCCGUUCUUCUGGUACGGGUACCUGCGAAAACACGCAUUUCACUUUAAAAUUGGGACUUUUCUUGGGAAAAUUUUGUUCCCGAAAUUUUAAUACAAUGCAAGUCAAUUUAUUAUCACCCAAAUCCGUAUACAUUAUUCUAAUUUUUUACGUAAAUUAUUCAUUACGUGUUUUAUCACAAGUCUACUGUUAAAAAUUCACAUCUGUUUACUUUAGAUAUUCGUUAUAAAUUUGCUCCUAUCUUUUUUUUUUUGGGCAACUGAAUCGAACCAAAUCUGUCUUGGUUUAAAUAAGCCACAGUUUACGAUUUUUCAAGCAUCAGAUAUAUUCUAAUAAAAUAUUUUUAGCUCCAGGCAAACAGCAUCAAAGUUAUUAAACUGUGAAGUAAAAAAACAGCAAUUUGUAAUAGAUAUUACAGUUUUAUUGCAGAAAUGUGAGCCUUGCUCGAAAUCGGUUUUCCGCAGAAAUAAAACAAGCGAAAUUAAUAAGUUAAUGAGAUUUCGGGAACGCUUCUUGUGUUAUUUAACUGUCAGGUUCGAUAUUACAAAGUCAUUGUAAGUUAAAAAACACGGAACGGUUACUAUCCACCCUUUAAUCGCCUCAGACACGAAAAGUAGCUACGCUUCGAUUAAUCAAACUUGACUUUUCCAUUUCAUUGUUCUAAUGAGGUAAAUAAUUGAAAUAUUUACGAAAAGAUUUGGUGGUGAAAAUUUUCCGUAACGACAAAGACGAAUUGAUUUCCCUUUAUCAAGCUUGGCGUAAUCGAGCGAUGAAAGAGUGAAGGGUAGACUUUGGCUAUAAAUUUGAGGGUUGGUUGCGAGAUGUGCCUUUUUACGACUUAAAUACUAUGCGUCACGUCUGAAGGGUCUACAUAUGCGAGACCAGUUUGAAUUUUGUUUGACUCUUCAAUUAGAACAAGUCAUUGUUUGUUCGAGACUCAGGAUAAAUAUUUAAAGGAAAAUGAAGAACUGGUCCGGUCCUCGACCAUAACAGCUAUUUUCAUUGCUUCAUUAUUAGACAACGUCAUUACAAUAUCUGAGAAAAAAUGUUUCGAAUGCUUCUAACGAUAAGUUACGUGUGUUUAUCAUUUAAGAGAAUUCGAAAGAAUUUUUACAUUGUGAACAACUUGGCAGUAAAUCUGGGUUUAACUUUUACUGAUAAUGAGCGACCUUAUCUGUUAACAUCUUUUUAAUUCAUGUUUAUUUGCAUUAAUUAUUAAUUCAGGAAGUGGGAUUUGAAACAAUUUAUUGCACUCUUAUCGUGGUUUGUAUUUACUAUCUUAAAUAACAACGGAUUAAACGAUCAAUACUCUAAAUCCUUCGAGAAAGUAAAAAAUCUGCCCCAAUUGCCCCAUUAACAGACAAUUAGCGGUUUCAGCGGAAAUUACGUUCGUUUUUUUAUUUACUUUAGCCUAAUUUUUCGCCAAUUGGUUUCUUUUGUCGGAGCAAAUUCACAUUUUACUCCCAGUGGAGGGUUAUUUCCACCGUCCGCUCAAAAUCACUUUUUCGCACCGCACGAGAGAGUUUUUCAAUACGCGACAUAAAGCUUAUCACAACUAACAGUUGAGUAAAUAGAGCAAUAACAAAUUCGCGACGUCACAAAACGCUUUUCAAAUUAAUUUCUUUUUUUAACACUUCCAUUGUGCAAGUUUUUAGAUAAAAAUCUCUUCCAUGACCUGGUGACGUGACGUCAUAAUUGCACAAUUUUUUACUCUUUGGUGAUUAGAAAAAUAUGAUUUGACAUUAUCUUUGUCCUCUGUGACACACUUAUUAAUGGUAACAGACCUUCCAACUUUCAAUAAAUAAGAAAAACCGCAAUUAUCAUAAUAAUCAAAUUACACUUGACAAUAGAAUUCGGACAAUGAAAAACCGGUAGUUAUUCAAAUUUUCAAACCGUUUUUCCCAAACUAUUCUUUGUGUAGUUGUGAGAAUUCACAGAUAACAGAAAGAAAAGUGCGGUUUUUCGCCGCAUUCCGCCAAUUUCACGCGGAAAUAUUCCAGGCUUGUCAUACAAUAUCCAGGUUACAAACUUGUUGAAAAAACAGUAUAAUUAUUAGCAAAUAGAAAUACACCCCAGAACUGCGAAAUUUUCUUAAACAAAAUUAAAAUCUGCACCUUAUUAAUUAAUCAAAUUGUAGAUCAGUUAUCAGUAAAAUAAUAUUAUAAAAUGUUGAUAGGUUUUUUUUUGAUAAGAUUAGCGCAAUUCCGGUUAAAUUCAAUUUUUUUGACAAUAUACAGGGUGGUUCAGCCCAGCUCCCGUGUUAUGUAGCUCAGUUAUUAAUAAAGAUAGGCUUGUAAUAUUUCGUAGACGUUAUUACUAUACUCUACGACGCAUUUCAGGAAAAUAUUUUUGAUUAUACAGAGUGUCCUUAAAAUAAUAUGACGUCAUAUAUUUUUUUAAUGGUAUGCUAUUAUUUUUUGUUCUUAUUAGGAUAUCCUUUCAGCUUUUUACAUAUCCUUAUAUUUUUUAAAUCAGUUCAAGGGUUAAGACUUAAAAAAAAUCAAAACAAAACACCUGUAUGUUGGCAAGAGUUUUAAUACAUUUCUUUUAGAUGAACAGAGAAUCGUGCUUUGUUCACGGCUAAUAUUUUUGAUUUUUGGAAUUGACAAAGUUAAUAAUAAUAAUAAGUCUUUAACAAUAAAAUUGACAUUUCGUUUAAUUGACAUAGGAGGCCACCCAGUGAAUAAUGUUUCUAAUUGUAGCUUUACUUUAAGAACAAGUUUUAGAAUUAAUGUUUUUUCCCUGUACAACACGACGCCAUUUUAGUCGUAGUUUCAUUUUAUGACACUUUCUAUUUCGGAAAAAAAUCGUGACAUGAAGAUACGACUUGAUUUAUUGACACAUCAAGUGGCCUGCGGGCGCUGCUCUUUUGUUUCGGGAUUAUGCAAAUUAAGUCAAACGGAAACACUGAAUAAAUUCAUUAAAAUGGGCGCUUUUUCUCAAAUUACGAUAAGAUUAGCGCAAUUUGCAAGUGUGUAAUUGGCUGCAUUUCCGGUUUCAAAUUCAAAUUUUUCUAGACCUUGACACAUUUCCCGUAAUUUAAUCGAGGGCGCGUUUAUAUAUUGCGCCCAUUUCUUUGGGAAAAUGAUUUUCCUACCUCCUUUUGGAUUUUCCGCGUCUCGUUUUUCUCUUCUUGGUGGGUAUUUCGCAUUCGGGCGACUUCGGCUUGGGUUCGUUUCUGGUCGGUGCGCGCGCAUCUUUCUGUUGAACGACGUCACCUUGGGGAAGCGUUGCAGGCGUUUUUCCAUCCGGGUUUUCAGGCCCGUUUUCCGACGAUUUUUCACUCAUUUUCACCGUUUGGCUUCGUUUCGGGGCGAUUAGACCAUCGAACGGCUCAAACAAGGCUGUUGUCUGGAAGCACUCUCGCCGCGACCUCACCACCAAAUGCACUCGACUCGACAGAAAGCGCCAUUUUCUCGUUGCACAGUUUGUUUGUUUCCCAACUGGGGCGCUGUGUCGCCACCGCGUUGUUUAUCCCGGGGGUGGGGGGACGGCGCCCAGCCCAUUUUACCACAAAAGGGAAAUGCGCCCAUUGGGAGAUGGGCCAUGGGACGAUUUGUGGGCCAUUUGAGCCCAGCGAUGGGCCUUUGUUUGCGAAAUGACAGGAGCGACUGACACCAGCCCACUUCCUAUCUGGGCUAAUUGGCGAGAUGGGGGCCCCUGAUUGCAUUUUUUCCAUUUUUGAUUUAUUUAUAGAGCGGGUUUUGGUCUAGUUUGUUGGGGCGCCCAUAAAUGGGUGUAUUUGCAUGUGAAAGGCUGGGGAUGGGUGUGUUGGAGAAGAGAAAGGAAGAUGGAAAGUGAGUGCUUCUUCACUCGACUGUUGCAAGGUCUCCGAAGAGGAAAAAUGGGAUAAAAAUAACAUAAUCGCUUGUUUAUCUUUAGUUAUUUUAUUUAUAAGCUUUCGGUGGGUUCCAGCCUUUUUCCCAACAAAAACAAACAUUUAUCUCUUGCGAUGCAUUCAAACAACUCGACACACAACCGGUUUUGUGUGUUUAUGUUUUAAAAAUAAAGCUGAAUUUAAUUUCUUUGUUGCAUUUUGUGUUAAUCGAUAUCAUUUACCACGAUGGUCAUUAAUUGGCAGUGGCGUAACAUGGGGGUUAUCAGUGACCUUGGAAUGCUCGGUCGAAAAUCCGGUUACGUAACGUUAAAAAUUUAUUGUGUAGGUCAGUCCCUACUCUUGCAACCACUUUCUUAUCACGUGUUUAUGGUUAGAUAUUUAUUUAAAUUCGGUCUUACGCAAUAACUUGCAUUUUUUAAAUAUUUUACACCUUCCUCCAGGUAGAGAAGAGCGAGAAAUUUCUACUUCCUUCACAUUUGCAUAAAUUACACAUUGUUGAUUAUUUGUGGCGAUUCCUAAACAUCAAAAAUUGAAAUUUGAGGUAAUUUCCAAAUCCAAAGGUCUAUAAACUCAUCGAUUAUUCGAACAUUUUUUACGUAACCCGAUUUAUAAAUUGUCGACGUUAACGCAAUCAUUAAAUCGAUUUUACUUGCUCAAAUUAAGCGAAAAAUAGCUAAAAUUAAGCGAUAAUUAAACAAAUUUGAAGAUUAAAUGCCAGUGGCGGCGCGUGAAGUCAAGUAUUUCGUUGGCAUCGGUUGGUUGUAACAUUGAAAUUGGAUAUGGUUUAUCUUGACGUCAGAAAUUUCUAUUUAAUUUAAAUUAUCAAAAAUGAAAUUGACAGUGUCAACAAAAUUCCAGUUGUAUCGUUUAAAAUUAGAUUCUGAAAUGCCAACCUAAACAGUCAUUCAUAUUCGAAAUUCACAGAAGGUGAAUUGACGACUUUGACAAAAAUUAAUGCGAAAAUUGAUAUUUUAUGACAAUUAUUUUAUUGCCGAUAGGAAAAAAUCCAGCAUUUGACAGAGCAGUGACAAUGUAUAUCAAAAUUACAAUUCACAUGUUGACAAUAACAUGCAAUAAAUAAUAAUUUAGUUACAAAAACCCACUCUUGUUUCAAUUUUUUUAGUCAACUUUUAUUUACUUGAGUUAAUUUGUGCGAUAAUCUUUAGUGGUCUCUCCAAACGAGCCGCCACUGGCCAAUUGCUGUUUUGGUAAACUGACACUUGGCAACAAUUGUUGUUUCUCUAUCCUUGUCAGUGGCACACGCACGGAAAAUAGUCAUCUCUUUCUAAUCCUUAACUUCAAGUUUUAGGUUAGGAUAACUGUCUCUUGGCAAUAAAGUUGUAAAAUUAAGAAAAACAUGAGUAGCAAUUACAACAUAGAAUGG